GCAGAGAAAGCAACUUUUCCUCAUUCGUUUUCUUUUUUAUGCUUUCUUCAUCUUUCAGUCUCUUUCUCAAUAAAUACUUCCUCAUGUUUCAUAAUGGAUACAGCCAAAUGUCAAAUUUUUUUUGCUCCCUCCCAUCCGGGUGCCAUAAAAAAUCCUUUCUUUAAUUGGAACCAACAAGCUUCCUGAUGUUUUAGUUGCAGAUGAGCAAAACUAUAAUGAUUCAGUUGUGGCGCUAUCAUGAUUCAGUUUAUUUUCUCUUCCCAUUUCGAAGAAGAAAAUACUAAGAAGCACCCAGCGCCCAAAAAAGAGAGAGAGAGAGAGAGAGCAAGAAAAAGCAGAGAAAGUGAAGAAUUUUGGAGUAGAAAAAGUAAAGGUGCAAGAGCCAAAAGUAAAAGUAAAAGUAAAAUUAUGGCGUAAAUCGUCAACGGUCACAGAGGCGUUUUGUUCAAAAUUCAAAAGUUGCGUGCCCGACCAGACAGCCAAACCUCAUUGCCUUCUUCACACCUCUCUGGUUGCUCUGUUUCUGCUUCUUAAAAGCCGGAGGUUUCCAGGGAAACUUUGCAACAAUCAAGUAUUUGGUUCCAGCUUUCUGUGAUGGUCUCCUUGGAGGAAGUUGUAGGAAUGGCAUAUGAUAAUUGAGAUAACAAUUUAUGGGGUUUGGAAUUUUGGAUUGUUUGUAUCUGGGAAUUCUAGGAAACCAUAACUUCACCGGUAGGAUGGUCUCAAAUGGUGAUCCGGGCCAUUUUCGGUCAGAUAAGGACAGACAGAAUGAACAUAAAGCCAGUAUUCUGACUACUCUUUCCACAUCACCAUCUAGGAAGGGGCUGUUAGAAAAAUCUAAUCCUCAUAGCGGAUCUAGAGAAGUUAAGACAACUAGUCCCAGCAAAUUAGCAAUCCUAAACUUAGGUUCGGCUAAACUUGAGGCGACAGCAGAGGAAAGAGAUGAAAUUUCCCAAUCUGCAUCUGGUCUGCUUGGAUGUUUGAAAGGGUUUUUUUCUGAGAGAAUUGAUUGGCCUUGUUUAUUGACAACCUGCAAAAAAUGGAUAAGCAACCCUUUGAACAUGGCACUUGUUUUGUGGGUAACUUGCGUUGUGGCCUCAGGGGCAAUCCUAUUCUUGCUAAUGACAGGAAUGCUAAAUGGCGUUCUACCAAGGAAAUCCCAGAGGAAUGCAUGGUUUGAGGUUAAUAAUCAGAUCCUCAAUGCUCUAUUCACUCUUAUGUGUUUGUACCAACACCCAAAGCGUUUCCACCACCUUAUACUCUUGUGCAGAUGGAAGCCUAAUGAUAUCUCUCAACUUACAAAUGUAUACUGCAAGAAUGGCAUUCACAAACCCCAUGAGCGGCCUCACAUGAUGGUUGUCAUUGUUCUUCUCCACGUAAAUUGCUUCGCGCAGUAUGCCUUGUGCGGUCUUAACUUGGGAUAUAAACGAUCUGAAAGACCGGCUAUAGGAGUAGGCGUAUGCCUCUUUGUUGCCAUUGCUGCUCCAGCCAUUGCUGGCUUGUACUCCAUUCUUAGCCCCCUGGGAAGGGAGUAUGAUUUGGGCGUUGACGAGGAAGCGCAAGAACAAAAGGUCAAGUAUUCAGAGAGGAGAUUCUGUUUUGCAUCAGGAAACGACCCGAAAAUUGUUGAGAACAGACCUGUUUGGAGAGGUGGGGUUUUAGAAUUCUGGGAAGAUGCUAAUGUAGCAUGUCUCUCUCUUUUCUGUAGUUUUUGUGUUUUUGGGUGGAAUAUGGAGAGACUUGGGCUUGGCAACAUGUAUGUUCAUAUUGCAACUUUCCUACUCUUUUGCACAGCUCCCUUGUGGAUAUUUAAUUUGGCUGCCAUUAACAUUGACAAUGAAGCAGUCAGGGAGGCUUUGGGGAUAACCGGGAUCGUGCUUUGUGUGUUUGGUUUACUCUACGGUGGCUUUUGGAGAAUCCAAAUGAGAAAGAGAUUCAACUUGCCGGCCAGUGCCUCAUGCUAUGGGAAACCAGCUAUUGCAGAUUGCGCGCAAUGGCUAUUUUGCUGCUGUUGUUCUCUAGCUCAGGAAGUUCGAACUGCAGAUUUCUACGACAUCUUGGAAGAAAAAUUUUGCAGAAAGGUGAUGGAUGAAAACGAGUCCCAACUCUCAACUUUACGUCGCGAAAAUGGAUUGUUUCAUCCAACAUCUGGGACAAAUUUUCAGUGUUGUAGCAGCCCUAGGCUUUACAAGCUGAAAACAGAAGACUCUCAAGGUAAACUUUCCAUAAAUAAAGACAUGGAUACCAGCAUGAAUCCCCCUGCUCCAUGGAUUACUCAGAGAGAAGAUGUCACCAUUUAGAGAUUGUGACAGGUAAGUUGAGCCUGCCAUUUUGAAUAAUACCAAAACUGAAGCAUUUCAUGAUACAGCAAAUUGACUUGACAGCAUGAACCAAACUAUUUUGUCCUGAUCUUUAUGCUGUCACACUGACACUCUGUUACAUUGGUGGUUCACAAUGUUCACCCCCAUCUUAAUUAUAUCAUUGAAUCCUAUUUAUCAGCUAAAUGCUGUUGGGCUUGUUUCUAUGUAUGUAGAUCCAAUGGAAUGGAACAUAUAUUUAACAAUAGAAGUAGA